AUGGACCCGCUGCAGUUCGCCUACCGGCCGGGCAUCAGGGUUGAGGACGCCAUCUUCACCCUCCUCUAUCGCUCGCUGUCCCACCUGGAGAAACCCGGCUCCACUGUGAGGAUCCUCUUCUUUGAUUUCUCCAGUGCCUUCAACACCAUUCAGCCGCGGCUUCUCAGGGACAAGCUGGAGACAGCCGGUGUGGACUACAACCUGUCCCAGUGGAUCCUGGACUACCUCACAGACAGACCCCAGUUUGUGAGAACCAGGGACUUUGUGUCUGAGGUCCUGACCUGCAGUGUGGGGGCCCCCCAGGGGACUGUCCUCGCACCGUUCCUCUUCACCCUCUACACUGCGGACUUCAGACACAACACGGACGGUUGUGUCCUCCAGAAGUUCUCCAACAACUCUGCCAUCAUCGGACUCAGCUCCGAGGACGAUGACACAGAGUACAGAGUUAUACAGGACUUUGUGGACUGGUGUCAGCGGAACCACCUCGUCAUCAACGUGAGGAAGACCAAGGAGAUGAACCACCUCCUCAUCAACGUGAGGAAGACCAAGGAGAUGAACCACCUCCUCAUCAACGUGAGGAAGACCAAGGAGAUGAACCACCUCCUCAUCAACGUGAGGAAGACCAAGGAGAUGAACCACCUCCUCAUCAACGUGAGGAAGACCAAGGAGAUGAACCACCUCCUCAUCAACGUGAGGAAGACCAAGGAGAUGAACCACCUCCUCAUCAACGUGAGGAAGACCAAGGAGAUGAACCACCUCCUCAUCAACCUUGAGACCCAUGAGUUGCACGUGCUUCUCCGUGUGGGACAUCCGCGUGGACACAGGAUACCGGGGACACCAGAGACACGAGCACCGGGCCUGAACCCUCUCCCCGCGGGCCUGAAGGACAGAUCGGGAUCCAGCAUGAGUCUGGCGUCAGGACGGAGGCCGAGAUACGAGCACGCGCAGCAGCAGAGCGCGCAGCCGCCUCAGCUUCAUCAUCACCACAUCCAUCAUCAUCAUCACCACGUUCCGGAGCUGCAGACCCUGCCCGGGACUGGGCCUCCUCCUGCGGGCGCCUCUGCAGCCUCCUCCCCAGGCUUCCACCUGCCUCCGCCCGGGAUGAGCCAGUUCUCCUCCGCGGGGAUGAGCCACCUUUGCCCGGGGGUAGGGGACCUCCAGUAUCCGGGAAUGAGCCACCUUUGCCCGGGGGUAGGGGACCUCCAGUACCCGGGGAUGAGCCACCUAUGCCCGGGGGUAGGGGAGCUCACGUACCCGGACCCCGUGAGAAGCGGAACGGCCUGGUACAGCCCCGAGCCGCGCUACAACACAAAAAGUGGGGGGGGGGGGGUGGGGAUUGUGGGCGGGGGGGGGGGGGGGGGGGGGGGGGGGGGGGGGGGGGGGGGGGGGGGGGGGGGGGCGGGGGGGGGGGGGGGGGGGGGGGGGGGGGGGGGGAUAUUAUAA